CUCACCUGUCAUUUCUAUUUAUAGAACACUUAGCGAUUGCUUUAUUUAUUUAUUUUAUUAGGAAUGUGCAACAAUGACGAUGAUUCUGUUCUUUUAAGAGAAAUGUAAAACUUAUCCGAGGAACGAAAGUUGAUUCUUCAAGCAACAUGUCAGAAAACGGCGCCGCUGAUGUUGAUGGAACGAGCCCCGAUUUCAGUUCUCUACCGGAUGUGGCCUGGGUGCGCAUCCUACAGCAUCUCCCCCUCCAAGACCGGGCACGUGCAGCCCGCACCUGUCACGCGCUAACAGACGCCUUCAACCAUCCGUCUCUCUGGAGCACCCAGACGCUUCACUUUCUCGGAAACGACGACAACUUUCGUCGAAAGGCGGAGGCUGUUACAGCGUCAAACUACUAUUUAGCUUUGACGAAACAGUUUGGCCAGUACUUUCAACAUCUUACAAUUAAGAUUUCCGGCCAUCUUCGGAAAAUGGCGGGCGAAUUGCAAGAACUGUUAAUAGAAGUUGCGGAGAAUUGUCGCCUUGAGUCGCUGACACUGGACGUCGGGCGACAGACGUCACAGUUCCACACGAAUUAUGGCUUUCCGCCAGACACAGAAUCGAUUCGUGUGCUCGCGGCGUUCGUGCGCCACGCUUUCCGUAUGAAACACCUAAAUAUUCGCUCUUGGCCGAUGUUUGAAGGCAUCAUUACGAAGGAUGAGUGCAACAUUUUCAAGGCGCUGAAAUCGAACGAAAAGUUGAAGAAAAAUCUCGAGAAGCUGACAAUCUUUUGGCUGGACGAGGUCACAUGGUCAGAAAGACGCCCCAUUUUGUUAUCACCAGAAGAUUCCCUUGACCUUGUCUGCAAUUUUCGCAACUUGACCACGCUCGGUUUGCGGUCUCCGAUGAUCAGCAAUGAAUUGCUUAUUUCACUUGCGGAUCGGACUAGAAGAAAACUUGAAAAUUUAAAAAUUGUUGUUCAUUUUAUAAAUGACAGCAAGUUUCAGGUACCUCGCGUGACUCCUAAAACGUGGCAAUCUCUAAUUGACCGAAAUCCAAACCUCAGAGUUGAAGUUCUCGUCUUUCUCGCUACACCUGAUUUUGAACUUGCGAACUUACUGCCUCCGGAAGUGCCUGUUUCGCACUUCAUGUACAUGAAAUACUCAAAAGUGGACCCUGCGACACUAACAAAGCUGCACACACAAUAUAACACCACCCUAACUGCAUUUCAUAGCCUUUGUGAUUCGUAUAACAUGGACGAUGAGCUCAUUCUUCUAUGUGAACGAUGCGAAUAUCUAACUGACUUUAUUUACCAUGGUGAAAUUUAUGUUAACACCGUCAUCCGGUUGGCAAAACUUCGAGGUAACAAAUGGCAGCGCUUUGAAUUAAACGAGGCAAACGUUAAAAUCCACACUGAAUAUGACGAUAUUGAUGAUGAUCAAGUCUUGCAGAGGGAUGCAGACGGAAAUCUCGUGCAAGUCGGCCUCUUCCGGUUCCACGCAGCAGACGAGAAUCAGUUACAGACGAUGAUCGUGGAAGUGUCAUCUGCGCUUGGUACAUCGUGGCGACCAAGGGUUGUGCGUUAGUUUCGACAUGGUUUUUAGAAUUUAUUUCUUGUGAAUAAGCUGCAAACAUUUUUUUUGAAAUAUGUUAGUUUAGUUUAAUCGUAUUUAAUUGUAUACGAUAUACACACAUGAUAUAAAUCAUUUCGACAAACAAUAUUAUUAGACACCUGGGUUAUAACAACAUUAGAAAAUGGCUAUCCCAUGUGUUCUCCACCUUGAUACCUAGGGGCUAAGUGUGCUUACGCCUUACAGCCUUUCCAUUUAUCUUUGGCAUCUUAGUCUUGGAAACUUAUCUUUUUGGUAUCAACAUUUUAAGCCAUAAUGUAGUAUAUACCAUUUUUUAAAUAUUGAAAUAACUGGCAAUAAAAUAAAAAUAAUUGAAACCAUAAACCAACACUGUGAUUAAUCAAAGCAUUUUUUUAAACAAAGUAGAUGCAUGUGUAAUUUGAUAAAAUAAUAUCUUUGUUCGAACAUUUUUUUACUGUGAAACUACCUGUAUACUUAACGUUUUUAUUUAUUUUUUGAUUUCUGAUUCUGUUUAUUAUAUGAUUUUUGUUUAUGAAUGGAAGGUUUUGACCUCUUAGUUUGAAGCAGUUGUUAACACAAUUCUGAGCUACUUGUUUGUUAUUCAAAGGCAAUAUCAUUAAACUCAUAUCACGA